GAAAGCGGGAGCGGAGCUGGGGAGCGGAGCUGCUCCCGGAGCUCGCCUGCGAGGGGCGGAGCCAGCGGGGAUGACGUCACAAGCAGAGAGGUGAGGUCACAGGGGAAGUCCUCUCCUAGCGGCCCAGCCACCCGAGGAGAGCCCUCGCUGGAGGGCCGGAGCCCGCGCGAGAGGGGGCUCGAGCCCGCGCCCUUCUCCCGAGGGGCUCGGCCGAAGCGAGGUCGGUCCCGGCCGCCCUGCCCCGACGAGGCUCGGCCAGGCCGGCGAGGACGGGCGCGGGGGACGCGAGCCCAGAGACGGGCACCGCCGGCCAGGGCCGGCCGAGGAAAGCGAGGCAGGCAGGGCUCGGGAAGGCGCCGUGCGGAGAGCGCCGCGGGAGCGAGCUGCGGGCGGCAUGUCCGGAGCAGAGGAGGUCUGCGCGCCGCCCGAGCGGGAGCGGGAGCGGGAGCCCGAGGCGGCGUGUUCCGGGGGCCUCUCCGAGGGCAGCGAGGCAAAGGCCAAAAAGAGCCGCUCCUCCCGGUCCUCCCGGGCCGGGCUGCUCUUCCCGGUGAGCCGCGUAGACAGGCAGCUGCGCAGAGGCCGCUUCGCUGAGCGCUUCGGAGCCGGGGCCCCCGUCUACCUGGCUGCCGUGCUGCAGCGGGUGACGCACGAGACCGUGGACGCGGCCGGCAAGAUCUGCAAGAAGAGCAAGCGGCGGCGCAUUUCUCCAUCGCACUUGCAGGCGGCGGUGCGGAAGAGCGCUCUGCUCAAGCGGCUCCUGCGAGGCGGCGUGCCCAGGCGUGGCGGCAGGGCUGUCCCCCGAAGCCGGCGUGCGGCCUCACGGCCCAAAAAGGAGACGACCGAGAGUAAGAAGAGAUGCCCCGGGCAAAGGGCCGCACCUGCCCGUGCCACCGCUGCUGGCGAGUGAGAAGGCGGCAGAAGCUCUUGCCCCACGCUGGCGA